UGGGUAAGGGGAUACCAUAGGAAAUUGUAAGGCGUGUGCAUGAUGUAACGACUUCCUGUGGCAACAUCUGUUCGAUUCCACUUGCGAGUCGACGCUCUGCAGAACUGAUGUUCCUCUCAUUAUCUUGAGUGACUGUGUAUCGUGUGUUGAGACACUCGAUACAUUUUUGUUAAAAGAGAUGUAACAGUUGGUGACCUGGAGACUUUGGCUUAUAUAGGGGCAAGGCCUCGCGACAGCAGGGACGCGCCGCUGCUAUAACUACCUUAACGUUCUACUACGUAGUCAACGAUUCGACUGUCUUGUCGCGAAUGAACUUCAAGGCUAUGAAUUUCGCCAUCGCUUCUUUGGUGUUGAGUGCUGUUCAGGCGAAUAUUUUUUAUUUCGGUCAUGAGCUUGGCCGAGCUGAAGAUGAGCCAUUUGAACGACGGUUCGAUCAACUUGAAGAGAGGAGAACGGGCCGGGGUGUUGCCUGGGAUACAUGGGACUGCCAAAAUGUCACCCUUCUCCCCGAUGACAUCCGUGCUGAAUUUCCCUUGGCCAACUUCUACCGUAAGUACACCCACGCCUACGGCAUCCCUAUAAUCUCGUCGGACGCGCCGCAGGACGCGGCGCUGACCCGGGCCUGCUACGUGGUGCGCUUCCUCUUGGCCGAUCGCAAGGACGUGCGGGACGCCAUGUACGACUCAUACGGCCGGGUGGGCGUCAUCGGCGAGCACGAAAAGACCACUGACAUCCCUGAGCACAGCUACCUGAGCGACUUGUGGAACCAGCGGGCUAGGGCGCUGGGCGGCAUUCCGAGCCGGCCGAUUUCGACCGACGGGGAGGAGAAUCUUCUCUGCGCGGACUACUGGCACGACGGCUGGUGGGAAGAGGAUGUACUGGUGCACGAGUUUAGCCACGCCAUCCACCUCGUCGCGCUUAGGGAAGCCGAUGCGACCUUCAACCAAAGACUUGAGGACACCUACCGGGAAGCUACGCAGGUCAAGGGGCUCUGGAAGGGCACUUACUCUAGGCAGAACCACAGAGAAUACUUCGCGGAAGGGGUGCAGGCCUUCUUUAACGUGAAGACGCGUAAGGAAUUCAUCGACGACGUGAAUAACCUCAUUUACACCCGGGAGGCGCUUCACGACUACGACCGGCCCCUUUAUGACCUGAUUGCAGAGGUGUUUCCGUGCAAGAACAUCAUUGUCGAUAGAUGCGACAACCAAGAUCUGGCGGCCAAGCAAAAACUUCGCAUGGACUGUGACUAAUUGCAGAGAACAUGCAAGGAACGCCGUAUUCAUCACACGUAUAUUCACAUACCGUCGCCUUGCUGUAAUAAUGAUGAACGGACCUUUUACAGAAAGAAAUGCCACGGUAUAAAGGACGCCAAUGAUGUAUUAUAAUAGGCCCCCGAGUAACAUUAUUCAAUAGCACGAUGUGGGGUCGUGCGCGCGGGAGUAGUUGGUAUAGGAAAGGAAUGAUAUGGAGGACGCCCUUGGUUGCAAUUCGCAGUGCUCACUUUUCUCCCCCCCCCCUUUAUUUUGAUUUUCGGUUUGUUUCCUGUUGGAAAAGAUGAUUUUUCCGGUUCGUUUUGUACAAGGGUAAAACGCUGUCUUGAUUACGUUAUCGACGUUGAGGCCCAAAAAAUUCUCCGGUUUCUGGCCAUUGCGCGCGUCGCCAAAAUAAAGAUUUUUUUUUAUUUUCCAUAAAACGAUUUCCAGAAGCCGCCGAACUUGCAUGAUCGGCAGGAAUUCUGCUACCGUGUAAUUUUAACGUGUUUUUGAUGGGUGCGGUGGAGUAAUAUGUACGGUGAAGGAAUCCCCCCUAGGCCUCCAUACAUUUCAGUCGAGCGCUCUUAUCAGAUGACGUCAUUGAUGUAUCUUUACACGAAGACAGUGUCCAAAUCAGUUGGCUACGGCUUGAUUUUGCGCAUGAUUCUAUGGGAACUGGCUGUGGAUGCUGCCAAAUACUCGGUGUAAUUUCCGGCCGUAGCUAAUUGAUUCGGACCAGGCCCACAUCUGUGAGCCAGACAAACGAAGUGGUCUUAACGUCCUGGUCACGUAUACAAAUUGAAAACGCUUUUAAGCAACAAACU